ACGUAUAGUUAACGAUUUAAGCGUUACCUGUUGUGUCUCAAUUCCCCUCUCUCCCGUCUCCGGAGAGAACGCCCUAUCAUCAUAAUUUGAAUCUUUAAUUUUGAUGCUCAUCACUUUCUGAUCAUACCAAGAUGGGGCUUUAGCUACAAUACUCUUUGGCAGGCUGCCAAGAAGAAGGUCAAGGCAUUCUGUAUUGGACAUCUUGGCCCUGCUUGAUUCGUUAGUUCCAAACCAUGGGGGCAUCACAUGACAACGUAAUUGGUCUUAUAUUGGCCGUCUCUUCCAGCGUUUUCAUUGGUUCUAGCUAUAUAGUUAAAAAAUUGGGUCUUAAAAAAGCUGCCGACAAUGGCAAUAGAGCAGCCACGGGAGGGCAUUCGUAUCUGUGUGAACCCUGGUGGUGGGCUGGAAUGAUUACAAUGAUCGGUGGCGAAAUAGCCAAUUUUGCAGCCUAUGCAUUCGCUCCAGCACUCCUUGUAACACCUUUGGGAGCUUUAAGCAUCAUUUUUAGCUCAGUGCUAGCUCACUUCAUAUUGAAAGAGAAAUUGCACAUGUUUGGCGUGCUUGGGUGUGUUCUCUGUGUGGUCGGAUCUACGACUAUUGUUCUGCAUGCACCGCAUGAGAGAGCCAUUAGCUCUGUUAAGGAAGUGUGGCAUCUUGCUACAGAACCGGGUUUUAUUGUCUACAUGUUCAUUGUUGUGGUAGUGGUUACUGUUCUUAUUGUCCGUUGUGUGCGAAACCAUGGACAGGGUCACAUGCUGGUAUACAUUGGAAUAUGUUCUCUCACGGGCUCCAUGACGGUUAUGAGUGUCAAAGCAGUGGGAAUCGCUUUGAAGCUUACAUUUGAAGGGAGUAAUCAAUUCAUUUACUUUCAGACCUGGUUCUUCACAAUUGUUGUCGUAGGAUGUUGCCUUUUGCAGAUUAACUACUUGAACAAGGCUUUGGACGCGUAUAACACUGCUGUUGUGUCCCCAGUUUACUACGUCAUGUUUACAUCAUUUACGAUCAUCGCCAGCAUUAUCAUGUUUAAGGAUUGGGCGACGCAGGAUGCAUCGCAGAUUGCAACUGAGUUGUGUGGGUUUGUGACAAUUUUAUCAGGGACCUUCCUUCUUCACAAAACUAAGGAUAUGGGAACUAAACCCUCAGAGGCCACGGUUUAUUCAAGUCCCCAACUUCCUAAGGAUACUCGCACACAUGAAACCAUCCAAAUUUAAAUCUAUGUUCCCUCCUUAGCUAACACCGCUACUGUUUGGUUCUAACAAUCUUGUAAUUUCUCUUAUAUAAAUAUAUAUCAAAGCGAGAAAUGUGAUGAAAAUAUGUAGAUAAAUAGAUUAAAACAAGCCUUUCUCUUUUGAUUUA